AUGGCGAGCGGCGAGGAAUACUAUGUCAAGGCCUACCAGGACUUCAAAGAGAUGGGAAUCGAAGGAGCUGCAGCCCAGGUGCUUGUGGAAGGCCUCACCGCACAUCCAGGCAGCGCUCGCUUGCUGGAGCUUGCCAGUGGAAAGGCAGUCGCUCAGCCUGAGCUCCGACAGGCCUCUGUCUACCCGACGGAGCGGAGGACAGGUGGAAGCGUGUCGGUGCAGGCAGCUGACUGGAAAGCGCCGCCCGGCCCAAGUUCUGCCUUGGAUCGCGAUGCCGGCGUUGCUGCUGUGCAGAUCUUCCGGGACAAGCAACUUGCACAUGCCAGCUUUGUUGAGGCCUCCGCCGAGGUGUGGACAAAGCACGUGGGAAGCAGCACCUGGACGGAGCUGAAGCAAAGGGAAGAACGCCUAAGGCGCGACGCUGCCGAGGCAUUUGCCGCUUGCAAAGAGUCCCUUCUGAAGCACCGACUGGAGUUUCGAACGGAACUUCUGCGGACUCCGCUUACGCCAGAUGCUUUGACCGAGACAGCCGCUGCUUUGUCUGGCACCGUUGAUGGAGAUGCAGCACUUCGAAGAUUGCUAGACAAUCCAGGAGUUUUCGAAGAUCCAAGUCAAUGGUGCUCUGAAGGGCCGGGCAGGCUCCUUGAACAUGCGAGACGCAUGUCCGAGAUUGAUGCGCUUCCAGCGCGAGCAAGAGAGCUGGCACAGACAGGAGGACCCCUUGGCCAGCUGCUGGCUUGCACAUCACAAGAGCUCCAGCGAGAGCUCGAGAAAACGCAGUCGGCAAAGGUCUUGGUGCUCGGCGGCAACGGUGUGUCAGCCGUGUCUGCUCUUCGAGCUGGUGCUGCAAAGGUCGUGCUGUGGGAGCCCUUGCCCCACGUCGCAGCGGUCGCAAAGGAGGUUGUGCGCCGAAAUCUGCCAGAACAGGUCGCUCGCUGUGAGAUCACCUCGCAAGCUAUCCCAUCAGGGCCCUGGGAUGUGGUUGUCGUGGAUCGAUGGCAUGGCUCGGGUUUGUUCAGCUGGGGGCCGGCGCAGUGCCUGAGGAAGGCCACCGCUGCGGCAUCUGUUGGGCGGAUCCUUCCGGCUGCAGUGCGAAUUUCCGUGGCUUUGGCAGACGCGGGUCUGAAGGCAUCGGGCUUUGACCUUACCGCCAUGGAUGCCCGAUUUCGCGCACUGUCCGCUGCUCCGAUGAAGGUCAGCAUGGAGGAGUCCUCGCAUGCAACCGCCUUGAAGCCGGUGCUGAUGACAGACUUCUCGGCACCCGUCUUUGAGUGGCAGCUUUCAGACGAUGCGGAGGAUGGCCCAGUGCCGGUCCACCUCCAAGCAACAGCCACUGGCAAGGCAUCAGUUGCGAUCAUCCAAGCCGAGAUCAUCUUUCCGUCUGGCAGAAGCAGCUCCGUGCGCUUCGCGCAGUGGAUGGCGGGCGGUUUGGCUUUACAUGCUGGUCAAGCUAUCUCGGGUGUCACGGCUCGGCGGAACGACGGCCGCGUUUGGAUUGAUUGGGACUACGCUAAGAGUGCAGUGCCACCAUUCGGAUACAUGUCGUUGUCGGAGUGGUACUUCGAGAUGCUACGGGACUCUGCCAGGCAUGACCUGUAUGAACGAGCACUGCAAGUGGAGAUUGCGAAGGUCAAGGAGAAGAAUGCCGAUGGUUGCACAGUGUUGGACGUUGGUAGUGGUGACGGUAUUUUGUCAAUGAUGGCCAUCAGAGCUGGGGCGACUGCGGGAACGGGAGUUGAGUACGUCACGCAGAUCGCUCGAGCAUCGGAGGAGGUCAUCUUGGCCAACCGGUCCUGUAACGCACUGGGCGCUGGACCGCUGGACGUCUGGUGCACUGAUGUGAGGGGCGUUCCAGAGCUGCCGGAACAGCGACGCUUCGAUGUCUUGGUCAGCGAGCUAAUGGAUGCCUCUGGGCUCGGUGAGAACCUGAUUCUUCUUACCGAGGGCUCGAAGCGGCGCCUUUGCAAGAAGAACGCCCCGGUCAUACCAGCCCGGCUCCGACUGAGAGCGGUGCUUUGUGAGGUCAAGCUUCCAUCUAUCGACGGUAUCAACAUCGAUGCUUUCUGGCCCUUCUGGCCCCCAGAUCGGGCAUUUGGCAGUGCGCUUUGGCUGGGUGUCGACCUGGACAAGCAAGAAGGAGACUUCAAGGUGCUCACGGAGCCAGUAGAGCUCUUCGAAGUGGAGCUGGGGCAGGCCGACGUGAAUGAUAUCCCAGCACGGGCACAGUAUAGCUUCCCGGGGAUUACCGCUGGCACUUGCAACAUGGUCUUAUGGUGGUUCGAAGCGCAAUUGAGCCAGACCGAUCCCUCCGUGGUGCUGACGAAUGCACCAACUCAGCUGGAUGGCCGACAUGCCGCAACCUGUUGGGGGCAGGCAGCGGCGGAGCUGGUGGGAACGGCGCAGGCCCGGCCCGGCGAAAACACGAGCGUAGUGAUGGAGAUGGUCUUCGGCGACUAUCAACUUCGCUUCAGAAGUGCCGACUGUGGGGAAUCCUCAGGCGUGCUUCGUGAUGCACCACCUCCUGGGGCGCCACCCUAUUCCGCUGAGUUCACGGAGAUGAUGCAGGCCUGGCGGGAGAAGCAGCGGGAGCUUGCCGUCUCGGGACGCCAAGUUGGUCGGACCGCAAUCCGAGACGCAGAUGUCGAGGCCGUGGCAGCGCUGCAGAAGGCAGCUUUGGCUGUCGCCCUGCAUCCUCAAGGCUCAACUACUCUUGUUGUUACUCUGUUAUUGCUUUACCACUGUUUCUGA